AUUGGUGUUCCAUUGAUUGUUUUUAAUAUUGGUUGCUAUUAUCAAAUUGAGGUUAAUUUAUAAGAAAUAGUUAAUUUCGGGCACAAUAAUAGAUUUGGGAAAAAUUAUUAAACAAUAGUUGAUUAUCAUGACUUCUUCAGUUCACAAACUUAUCAUUACUGUUGGAUUUAUUUCACUUCUACACGCUGCCUACUCAGCCGCCCAACAUAGAUCAUAUUUGCGGAUCACAGAACAACAGUUUAUAUCCCUGCCAUUUGAUAUAAUUCUUCAAGGGAUAAUUAGUCUCUUUUUGACAAUGUACGGUGUAAUGGCCGUCGCUGGAGACUUCAAGGAGAUAAGAGCCACUGUAGAUUUAGAAGAGAAAUCUUGGGAAACCCUGAGAAACCUUCCAUCAUUUUACGUCUUCAACCAUAGAGGUCGAGCACUAUCACCUGAUUAUGAGCCUCCUCCACCAAAUGUGAAAUACGUCGCACCAGAUCUUUCACUACUACUUCAGAAGACAGAACUGACAAAUAAGUGAAAAUUAAGUUGUGUGUGAAUUGUUAACAUUGUGAUCACUUUUCUAUAGCACUUUUUGCAAUCCUGAACAAAAUUAUAAAAUAAGACAUAAUUUUCACAAUUGUUCAGGACAGAAUAGUAUAUUUCGUACCUAGGGCCGAAAAUGAGGGUUUGCCGGCUCGAGAUCGUUUUUAAGUUCGAGACGAAGUCGAGAACUUAAAAGAUCGAGAGCUGCAAAACCAUUUCGGUCCGUGGUACGAACGCUAUUUUUCACCACACUAUACCCUAUUACCACUAUUCACCACUACAAUAAUGCACACUGAUAGUCAACACAACUACAACUUUAAGGUUAUGUGAAAAGAUAAUUUGAGGAAUCAGCAAAAAUAAAAAUGAAUAGUUGCUAGGCAACGGUGACAAUAACACAAUUCUAUUGCAAUGCUAUGGAUUUUGAUUGUGUAUUUAAAAUGCAUUCAUGUUUUAAGUAAGUAAGCGGACAGCUGAUUUUGCGGCCCCGGCCUGUAAAAACCUGCUCGGUCCCCAAAUUACGAUGGCAGCUGGCAUGGACAGCAAAACGUAACUUUCAGCCACCAAUUAGCGUAUGUAAUACAGCCAAAAACAUCAUAGUGUGGUGAAAAGUGUAUUUGAUGGUGAUAAAUUCAAAACUGCUGCCUGUUACAGUUUUCUUUAUGUAUAAACAUAGAAUUUUGUUGUUUAGUGGCAGAAUUUAUUGUGAUUAAAUUAUCUGGGCCUUAAAA